AUGGGGAGGCCAGGUGCGCCAUUUCAUCCUCAUUUAAACGUAUUUUGCCCUAGAUUUUCAAAGGGGACGAGGCGGCGGCCGGGGAAAUUUCGGUCGGUUUAGUGAACGUGGUGGUGGCGGUGGUGCUCGGGGCGGUGAACGCGGCGGUCGAAACAGCUAUGGGGGCGAGGGGGACCGUGGCGGUUUCCGAGGCUCCCGAGGUUUCAGAGGAGGUGAAAGAGGAGGCUUUCGAGGUACACCGCGCGGACGUGGCCGUGGUGGAAUGCGCGGUGGAAAGAGGGUCUUUAUUGAACCCCACAGACACGAAGGGGUUUUCGUGGCCAAGGGGAAGGAGGACGCGUUAGUCACUCUGAACCUAGCUGUCGGCCAAUCAGUCUACGGAGAAAAGCGAAUAAGUGUCGAUGGUGCUGAUGGCGAAAAAGUUGAAUAUCGUGUGUGGAAUCCGUUCCGGUCUAAGCUUGCUGCCGGAAUAAUAAAUGGCCUAGAGAGUAUCCACAUGGGCCCCGGAAGUCGAGUGCUCUAUCUAGGUGCCGCAAGUGGUACUACUGUAUCUCAUGUUUCGGAUCUUGUUGGCCCGAAGGGAGUCGUUUAUGCCGUGGAGUUUUCGCACCGCUCUGGCCGCGACUUGCUGAACGUCGCAAAACACAGGACAAAUAUCGUUCCAAUAAUUGAGGACGCUCGACACCCUUUGAAGUAUCGAAUGCUUGUUGGUAGGUUUAUGUCUAAUCUCAUCUCCCAUUCCUAAGGGAUGGUCGACUGCAUUUUUGCUGACGUUGCACAACCCGACCAGUCUCGAAUUGUUUCUGUCAAUGCAGAGCACUAUCUCAAAAAUGGCGGCCAUGCCGUUAUUUCCAUUAAGGCUUCCUGCAUUGAUUCCGUCGCGGCACCAGAGGUGGUGUUCGAGAAGGAAGUAGAGACUUUACGGAAGUCGCAGUUUACGCCGCGAGAACAGGUUACUCUGGAACCGUACGAAAGGGGUCACGCAAUGGUGGUCGCUCAGUACAGGUAAGUGCAGAUCAUAAUAUGGCAUUUAACUCGCUCGUUAUAGGGCCCAGAAAAAGCAAAAAUAA